GCUGUAUUAGGCAUUAUAAAUAUGGCGGAAUCAUCAUCAAAGCCUGUCCCGACUCCCCAAGGACCCCUUUCUACCAUGCCCGAAUCUCACGGACGAAGCACCAUUAUACGCUACCUUCUUUCCAGUGAGCAUAAUCGUUUCUUAUCACGUGGUCUGGCUAUUUUUGCAUGGCCUGCUCUUCUAGCGUCUUUGCAGGAAGCCGACAUCUUCGAGGCUGCUCGAGCCUAUUGGAUGCGCGCCUGGUAA